UAUAGCAUAGUAUUCUAUGUCUAUAGUCUUCCAACAGUCUUAAUUUUUUACUUCUUUUAUUCAUUUUCAUUUAACCGCGAUCUCAAUUUAUUUAUCUUACAUAGUAAAUAAAAUUUUUUUUCUCUGGUAUUAUUAAAUAAAAAUGGCGUUUAUCAUAAAUGCUUUACAGAGAUGUAGAGCUUUGGCUAAAUUUCAAACACCAGUGAACGAAACAUGUUUAGGUAUACAUCCUUAUAAUCAACAAAUUCGUAAUAAAUGGCCAGACUUUAGAAUGAAAAAAGAUGCACGGAAAAGAAAUACUCUUAAAGAAUAUGGCGUGUACAAGCUGCGCUAUAAUGCACUUCGUAAAAACAAUAUCAUUCCUUUAGAAAUUCAAGAAAUUGCUGACAAAGAAAUCUACAAUUGUCCGAGGGAUGCUAGUAUAACUAGAAUUGUACAACGUUGUCAGGUAACUUCUCGUCCUCGGGGUAAUGUCAAACGAUGGCGUUUAAGUAGAAUAGUGUUUAGACAUCUUGCUGAUUAUAACAAAUUAGCAGGUGUUCAGAGAGCAAUGUGGUAAUAUCAAAAUGAAAAAUAUUGCUGAUAUAUAGUCUAACAAGUUUAUAUAUUUGGAUUACAUUCAAGCCUGGAUUACAAAAUAAGGUGUCGUAGAAUGAGAAAAAAUUGUUGGCAUUAUUUUGAUGGUCCUUUGUAAAAUAUUAAUUUAUACUUAAAUUGUGUUUAAGAAUUUAUUGUAUAAAAUUUUACAUUUCUCAAUAAAUGUACAGAUAACUAUUAUUAUUUAAUUUGAAAAUAAAUAAUAAAAUCACGUGUUCA